AUGGCCGACGUUUCAGACGACUGGAUUGUCGCUGACAGCGAGGAUGAAGACUCCUUACGACCUCUUGAAAUCGCUGACCAAAGCGGCCUCUUGAGCGGAAACUCGUUUUCUACAGGCCCAGAAAAGAUACUACAGCGUCAGGAAUUCUUUAAGCUUCAUAUUCUGUACCUCAUGCUAACCGGGUAUGAUUUUGCAGCGUCACUCACUCAGACCGCGUCAUUUAUUACCAGUCAAGCACGAACUCCCCAGCGAGGACGUGAACCUCUCGACAUAAGUAAUGUGUCUCUGUUUACGCCACCUGCAGGGUACCAAGACUCUGACCCACCAAAUGCUUCUCCGUUACUCCCUCGUGGCGCGGGAACACCUGUACCGAAGUCUAAACCGCGCCCACGUCCCGUGCCACGAAAGUCGCGAACUACAAGUACCAUAUAUGACGACUUCAUCAAAGACGAUGAAUCUCGUUCCUCUGGCUCACUCAUCAGUUCUGCAUCUGCAAUACCAGCUAGUACCUUGGCUGCAGAUAGCAUCCGCCCUCCAACCACAUCGCCUGCUGUCUCAGAACUCAUCGAGGAGGUCGAUCCUGCAUUUAGCAUUGCCGACCGAGCCAAGACGCGCACUCGGAAGACUCAGGUCAAGAAGCCGACUUACGUGUCUGUCAACCAUGAUGUGAUAGAGUUAACAUCCGACUCCGACCUUGACGAACUAUCCCUCAAGCCUCCACGGAAGCGGCAGAAGUCCCAAGACAAGCCCGUCAAACCAAAGCCGAAACCCAAGCCUAAAGCUAGAAUAUUGCCUUCACCCAAGGUCACUAAACAAAGCAUCGGCGAUACUCAGCCGAGCGACGAUGUUGUUCUUCCUGCACCACAAGAGCCAGCGCUUCCGUCCCAACUACCUCCUACAACAUCACGCCUCCCGUCUUCUCUUCCUCAUUCAACCGACUUGUCUUCUCCACCUUCUUCUCCACUCGUGAUAACUCGCAAACGGAAGAGGGCUCCCCCGCUUGAGUCAGAGGUUCAUGGCGAAGAGAUUGAUGUAGACGUCCCCAACGCUUCGUCGUCUUCUGUGAUAACACCUCCAUUCUCUGCACAAUUGUCGCCCGUCGUCCCGCUAAUCGAUAACUCGCACGCACUUGAAAAAGUCAACGGGGAGGCAGACACCAUCGCUGCUGCGAGCAAGGGUAAGAAAAAGGGCACGAAGUCGUCUUCCCGGGCAAAGGGGAAGAAAAAAGGUCGGAAACAGGCUGACGAAGUCGAGCUCGACGAUCUUGCGCACAAAUCGCCCCCGGAUGAGCCAGCUGCAGGUAAUAAUGCUCUCGAGGACGACAAUUUCGUUGAAGAGGCACCGAAA